AUGACUCUUCUCCAUGUCACAGCUCAGCACUCAUUAUUCACUCAAAGCUCUGUGUGUUGUGUUCCAGACCAGAGGACACACCACACUCUGCUGGACCUGGACCUGGACCUGGACCUGGAGCUGGACCUGGAGUGGGAGAAAAGAUGGCGACACUGAAAAAGAUCAUCUUCAGUACUUUAGAACAAUUGGGGAAAGAGGACUUUGAAGAAUUCAAGUGGCGGCUGCAGCAGGAGGUCCUAGGAUUUGAAGGAAUCCCAAAGAGUCGACUAGAGGAUGCAUGUCGGACGAAAACUGUGGACAUCAUGUUUCAGAACUACGGCAUUGACACUAUUAAAGUGACCAGAAACGUUUUGAAGGAGAUGAAACAGAAUCUUCUGGAGGAUAAAUUAUCAAAAAUCCCAUCAGAACCGACAGGUGGAGGCUCUGCUAUGGAUCAGUGUGAGGACAGAGAGGAGGGAGACCCCCCCUCUCUGUGUGGGGAACAUGACAGCCAGACCAAAGCUCAGAGCCCAGAGGACACACCACAUUCUGCUGGACCUGGACCUGGACCUGGACCUGGACCUGGACCUGAACCUGGACCUGGAUCUGGAGGAGAAAACAUGGCGACACUGAAAAAGGCGACAGAGAUUCUCACUCAGUGCCAAAGGACGCUCAAAUUAAACCUGAAGAAAAAAAUUGAGAUAAUCCUAGAAACGGGUAAUUCAAGACCUCUAAAUGAAAUCUACACGGAGAUCUACAUCACCAAGGGAGAAACUGCAGCUGAAGAACAUGAGGUCACACAGAUUGAAACAGCAUCCAGGAAACCAGACAGACCAGAAACAAUCAUCAGACAAGAAGACCUCUUUAAAGCCUCACCUGGAAGAGAUGCACCAAUCAGAGUGUUGACAAAGGGAGUGGCUGGCAUCGGGAAAACAGUCUUAACACAGAAGUUCACUCUGGACUGGGCUGAAGGCAAAGCCAACCAGGACAUCCAGUUCAUAUUUCCAUUACCUUUCAGAGAGCUGAAUAGGCUGAAAGAGAACAAGUACAGCUUGGUGGAACUUGUUCAUCACUUCUUCACUGAAACCAGAGACGCAGGAAUCUGCAGGUUUGAUCAGUUCCCGGUUGUGUUCAUCUUUGACGGUCUGGAUGAGUGUCGACUUCCUCUGGACUUCCACAACACUGACAUCCUGACUGAUGUCACAGAGUCCACCUCAGUGGAUGUGCUGCUGACAAACCUCAUCGGGGGGAAGCUGCUUCCCUCUGCUCGCCUCUGGAUAACCACACGACCUGCAGCAGCCAAUCAGAUCCCUCCUGAGUGUGUGUACAUGGUGACAGAGGUCCGAGGGUUCACUGACCCACAGAAGGAGGAUUACUUCAGGAAGAGAUUCAUAGAUCAGGAGCUGGCCAGCACCAUCAUCUCCCACAUCAAGACCUCACGAAGCCUCCACAUCAUGUGCCACAUCCCAGUCUUCUGCAGGAUCUCUGCUACAGUUCUGGAGAAAGUGUUGAAAACCAGAGAGGGAGGAGAGCUGCCCAAGACCCUGACUGAGAUGUUCAUCCACUUCCUGGUGAUUCAGUCCAAAAUGAAGAACGUCAAGUAUCAUGGAAAAAGUGAGAGAGAUCACCACUGGAGUCCAGAGACCAGGAAGAUGAUGGAGGCUCUGGGAAAACUGGCUUUUGAGCAGCUGCAGAAAGGCAACCUGAUCUUCUAUGAUCACGACCUGACAGACUGUGACAUCAAUAUCACAGAAGCCUCAGUGUACUCAGGAGUGUUCACAGAGGUCUUUAGAGAGGAGAGUGAACUGUACAAGGACACGGUGUUCUGCUUCGUCCAUCUGAGCGUUCAGGAGUUUCUGGCUGCUCUUCAUGUCCAUCUGACCUUCAUCAACUCUGGAGUCAACUUGAUGGCCCCCUGGUGGUCUAAAGUCUUCAGACGAGAACCUAAACAUCUCUACCAGAGUGCUGUGCACAAGGCCUUACAGAGUCCAAACGGACACCUGGACUUGUUCCUGCGCUUCCUCCUGGGUCUUUCACUGCAGACCAAUCAGAAACUCCUACAUGGCCUGCUGACAGAAACAGGAAGUAGCUCACAGAUCAACCAGAAAACAGUUGAGUACAUCAAGAAGAAGAUAAGAAAGAACCCGUCUCCGGAGAGAAGCAUCAACCUGUUCCACUGUCUGAAUGAACUGAAUGAUGGUUCUCUAGAGGAGCAGAUCCAACAGUACCUGAGUUCAGGAAGUCUCUCCACAUAUAGACUGUCUCCUGCUCAGUGGUCAGCUCUGGUCUUCAUCUUACUGUCAUCAGGAAAAGAUCUGGACGUCUUUGACCUGAAGAAAUACUCUGCUUCAGAGAAGGCUCUUCUGAGGCUGCUGCCAGUGGUCAAAGCCUCCAGGAAAGCUCUGCUGAGUGGCUGUAAGCUGUCAGAGAGAAGCUGUGAAGCUCUGUCCUCAGUCCUCAGCUCCCAGUCCUCUAGUCUGAGAGAGCUGGACCUGAGUAACAACGACCUGCAGGAUUCAGGAGUGAAGCGGCUGUCUGCUGGACUGGAGAGUCCACAUUGUGAACUGGAGACUCUCAGUCUCUCAGGCUGUCUGGUCACAGAGGAAGGCUGUGUCUCUCUGGCUUCAGCUCUGAGCUCCAACCCCUCCCACCUGAGAGAACUGGACCUGAGUUACAAUCAUCCAGGAGACUCAGGAGAGAAGCUGCUGUCUGCUGGAUGUGAGGAUCCACUCUGGAGACUGGAGACACUCAGGCUGGACCAUGGUGGAGAGCAGAGGUUACAACCAGGUGUGAGGAAGUAUUCCUGUGGACUCACCCUGGACUCAAACACAGCACACAGAAACCUCAAACUGUCUGACAAGAACAGGACGGUGACACGUGUGAUAGAGGAGCCAUAUCCUGAUCAUCCAGAGAGGUUUGACUACUGGUCUCAGCUGAUAUGCAGAGAAGCUCUGACUGGUCGCUGUUACUGGGAGGUCGAGUGGAGAGGAGGGGUUAGUAUAUCAGUGACUUAUGGAGGAAUCAGCAGGAGAGGAGACGGAGUGGACUGUGUGUUUGGACAGAAUGAUCAGUCCUGGAGUCUGUUGUGCUCUCAUAGAGGUUACUCUGUCAGGCACAAUAAGAGAGAAACAAACAUCCCCUCCUCCUCCUCCUCCUCCUCCUCCUCCUCCUCCUCCUCCUCUCGUAGAGUAGCAGUGUAUCUGGAUCAUCCUGCUGGCUCUCUCUCCUUCUACAGAGUCUCCUCUGACACACUGACCCACCUCCACACCUUCAGAACCACAUUCACUAAACCUCUCUAUGCUGGGUUUGGGCUCUGGUCAUAUGGCUCCUCAGUGUCUCUGUGUCCUCUGUAGGAGGAGACCACUUCCUGUCCUGGGUUUAAGGGUUGCUGUUUUAAAUCUGGCUCACUGAUUGUGUCUUUACUGUCAGAAGUGUUUUUAUCAGAGAGGCUUUUAUGGAAAUUGAGCAUUUAUAUUUGUUAUUAAUAACAUGACUCACAGUCAGCCCUUAUUUUAUUAUACAUUUAAAUAUAUAUAAUUCACGUGAUCAGAGUUUAACUCGUGUUAUUUUCUCGUUCCUAUUCAUACUGUAGUUAUUCUUAUUAGUUUGAUGUGUUCUUAUUCUCCCUGUUUAUUCUCAUGUUUCUGUGUUUCUGUCUCUGUUUCUUAUAAAACACCUGAAGUUCCUGAUCAAUAAAGAUCUGAUCUCCUUCACUUUGA